GGUCUUUAUAAUUAGCCCACGUUUCGACCGGACAGGCUUCGUUAAGACGAUGGUAAUCUUAACUCGGCCCAGCUCAGAUCUUGUUGAUCCCGAAGGAUUUCGCGGCCCAGGAGAAACUCGAGCAAGCGGCACGAUGAGGUCAGGACUUCGGUGCUGGGGCUGUGCUCGGUCCCAACUUAUGAUGACCUGAGAUGGGGCCGAAAUCUUACAGAGCCGCCGUGACUAUGCACAUUUUGGGGAACUACACGAAAUGUCGGCUGUUUCAUACCCUCCAAUGGCGAAAGUGAAGCGCGAUUUUAAAUAUGAACGUCGAGCGCGUCCUGAAUAUGUUGAGAGGGUACUUUUCAACUUCAGACUUCGACAGGACACUGCCGGUUUUGGAACAAGUGAACAGGAUACAGGGCUAGAGCAAUGUUGCGACCAUCCCUUCGAGCAGCAGCAACACUCAGUCUUCUGUUUGUUGCCGGCCAUGCCUACACCAUCGACGAAGAUUGUGGAAAUGACCGAGACCUAGUCCGCACGGCUGCCGAUCACGCAUUCGCGCUGGCGGCAAACGCGGUAACAGAGCUUCGCAAAACGCCCAUCAAUCCAGACAUCGACCACGUGGUCGAACAGCUAUUCGGAUACACCGCUGCUCAACGGCCAUGGGGGCCUCGAAUUGAACAGAAACUCGGCAAUCUUGCUCCAAUUUCGACGCUUGACGGGUCAGUUGAUGGAGCUACUGAUGUUAGGAUUUUCUGCACAACCAAGAGGAUAGAGAAGCGAAAAGACGGGCGAUACUACAAUAAAAACACCGAGUCUGUGUACCAGGAAGACGAGAUAUCGAACCGCUUCGCACAUUGCCUCGAACUCACUCCCCCAACCGCCGCCAUAACCUUCAACCCCGAGGGACAAGCCUCAGAAAUCCAAAUCUGCCCGUGGUUCAUGACCCAGGUCCGCGGCUUCAAGUUCCGCGAUCUCACGGAGCUUAGGGCUGGUUCUCUAACCCUGGGCGCUCUGGCCAAGAUCUCUCUGCCCGUAAUAAGCUCGAUGGCAUAUACGCCUAUCGAUAUGUUUCAGGUCUUUGACAAGGUCAUUCUGCAUGAGUUGACACAUACGACACAAGCCGGCGACCCUAAGCCAGCGGAGGAUAUGCAGCCCAACCCUUACGGUUGGAAGAACUGCAAAGAGUGGGCGCGCAAAUUUGUGGAGAGCAAAGGCGACUUUGACAGACCGCCCGACUUCAAGGACCCGCAAAAUAACUCGGAUAGUAUUGCACUUCUCUGCAGUGCCAUUGAGUUGAUUGGACUCGGUGUGAGAGUCAAUGAUGACGGCAGCUUGAAUCCGCCCCAGAGCAGAAAACGAGAUGUUGUCAUGUAUCCAGUAUCUUGGGUUGCUUAAUUUGACCAGAUAACUAUUCAGUGAAUUACGGGAGCGGUUAUCACGUCAGCUGUAUCUGUAUCAGAACACAUCAAUAUAGAC